ACUUGAUCAUAGCUAGCUGGUAUUAAAUAAUGGUUUUUACUUUCUUAUUUCAGAUGGUCGUUGACUUCAAAGCUUCUUGGUGUGGACCUUCCCGAUCCAUGGAACCUGCCAUGAAUGAAUUUUCUGCUAAAUACACAGAUGUUCAGUUCAUUAAAAUUGAUGUUGAUGAGUUGGAAGAUGUGGCUAAGGACUUUGGAAUUCAGAUUAUGCCCACUUUCAUACUGAUAAAGAAAGGAGAAGAAGUUGAUAAGCUUGUUGGAGCCAACACAGAAGAACUUAGGAAGAAGAUUGAGAAAUACAGGGCUCAAUAGAACCCCCAUCCUACCCUACCCCAAAGUCUUGUCAAGUGGUUUUCCUACAAUUCCCUUUGGUUUUAGUUUCAUGUAUUAGCCGGGUGUGUUAUCCGAAAAUAAAGAUGCAUGAAUAAUGUUAAUUUUUAUGUAACACAAUGUAAUGAUUUAUAAAUA